CAUCCGCUGAAGCUUAUGCACGGCGAGUGUUCCGGCGCAAAACGGCUGCUGUGCAUCACCUCAGAAAGCGCCAGGAGUUGUGCGCAGAAACUGCGACGCGAGGAGAGACGAAUCAAAACAUCUGAGAGGAAAGAAGAUCAGCCGAAAAUGGCGAGCCAGUCCCAGGGUAUUCAGCAACUCCUGCAAGCGGAGAAACGUGCCGCCGAGAAAGUGUCGGAUGCGAGAAAGAGGAAGACUCGGCGCUUGCGGCAGGCCAAGGAGGAGGCCCAGGGGGAGAUCGAGCAGUACAGGAGCGAGAGAGAGAGAGAGUUCGCCCAGAAACAGCACACGGUGUUGGGGUCUCAGGGCGAUCUCUCCUCUGAUGUGGAGCAGCAGACGCAGCAGAAGAUCCAGUCCAUGACCAAGAGCUACCGCUCCAACCGGGAGAGAGUACUGCGCCACCUGCUGGCUGUCACAUGCCAGAUCAACCCCCAGAUCCACAGCAACUACCACUGCAGGGCUUAGGCCCAAAGAGAGCCUGAGAGCGCUGCUACGGGAGGAGAAAGAGAGGAGAGGAAAAGAGAGGAGAGAGGGAGAGGGGGAGAAGAAGAGAGGGAAGAGACAGAGAGGGGAGAGAGGGAGAGAGGGAGAAGAGAAGAGGAGAGGAGGAGAGAGAGGGGGAGAGGGAGAGAGAAGAGGAGAAGGAAAGAGACAGAGGAGAGAGAGGGAGAGGAAUGCAAAGGUAAGCUGAAUAUUUACCCUCCAGCUUAAUGACGCUCCUGGUUGGGGAAGCUGAGGGUCAGAGUCGCUGUGUGACAGGGAUGCUUCACAGGGAAACACCUGGGCCAGACCCAGGGCUUAAGGUGCAAUGCCUGGCAAAGAUGUUCAGAGAGUAAGUAAGCCCAAACCAAGCAUGCCGCUCAAUACGCUUGCAUCAGUUACCCUUGCGCUGACCUGCACUCGCCAAGCGACACGGUUAUCUGUGUCAUCGGUGACUCAAAAGUGUCACACGGAGCUCCUCGGCCAAUCAGAUUGGCUGAAGAACUCCACACGACUGCCACAUUUGAGCCAAACUGGCCAGUAUCACCCACACUGGAAACUGGGAGUGUUGCCAUAGUAACGUGCUGUUGAAUUGAUCGAAACUGUGCUGUGAGCUUUUUAUUAUUAUUUUUAUUUUAUUUUUUAUUUUUUGCUGCACAGUUAAUUCUGCACGUGAACAAUAUCUGUUUACAGUAUAUGCAUUUAAUCUAAGGUAGUCCAGACAACAUACACUAGGUCACUGCAAGAUAUGUGUUGAUAUUGGCUGGUUCCUCCGUUUUGUGAUAGUAUAAUUCCACAAAUAAUUAUAUUUUCUAUGUAAAGCUUUGAUUGUAUAAAUUAUUUAGCUUAUGUGCUUGUGAAAAUAAAUAUGUAUGCAUCUAA